AGGCUCGCAGGGGAAGUUACGUUGUUGCAUCAUGGCGGAUCAGUAGCGGUAACAGAAAAGCUGCUUUCUGUUCGAACUUGUCAGUGUUUCUCCGUUUAGUUUAAUGUAAACGAGCUGCUGACAGAUAGACGCGAAGGUUGUGGUGAGAAGUUGUGUUGCUGAGUCGCUAGUUGCCUUGUUGCUGUGUCGCUAGUUGCCCUGUUGCUGGUCGGAGAUGUGCACUCAGACUAAAGCUGCCGCCCUCAUGGCGAACCUCCCUCCGGCUGACAUUGACCCGUCCGGAGUCUUUAAAUACGUCCUGAUUCGAGUCCACAGCCGGGAAGAGGGAGACGAUUCGGAAGUGGACCUAGUCCGAGGAUACGGCUGGGCGGAGUACCACGCUGAUAUCUACGACAAGGUUUCAGAAGAGCUGGAAAAAGCGGACCUGGACUGUGAGUGUAUCGGAGGGGGAAGAAUCAAACACGAUCCUCAGGCCAAGAAGAUCCACGUCUACGGAUACUCCAUGGGAUUUGGCCGAGCAAACCAUGCAGUGUCGACUGAACUCAAGGCUCGCUAUCCAGACUAUGAGGUGACCUGGGACAAUGAAGGAUACUGAAAUAAACGCUGAAAUGAGACUGUUAUGGACGCCCUUUUUCCUGGACUGACGUAGUUACCUGAACCACAAUAACAAUCCAAGACAAAGACUUAUCAUACAUCGACAGCACUAAUUAGCAUUACUAGAUAUUUAUUAUGAAACAAAAUGAGUAAAGUAGUGGCAAAUAAUGUUUUGGGUUUUUUUUGCAUUUGUACUCUGUUGAGAUCUAAAACAAACAUAAUUUUCUUAAAUUGUAGUCUGGAAUUUAAAAAGUGUAAAGUCUUAUCUGGAAAUAUGUUGGCUAUGAUAAUUUUGCAGAGGGAUCAUCGCUCAUUGACUUGUUUUAGAGUCACAUAGUCUCUUAAAUUUGACCUAAUUGCCAAGAUAUAUUUGAAAGUCACCCCUACAUGCUUUGUUCUAAUGUAUGUUUCAUAAAAUCUGACUUUUAA